AUGAUAAGUGACCACCUCAAUCAAGGGGAUGCCUCAAUCCACGAGGAAGACACCGAGCUGGGACCAGAGAUUAUGAAAAUGGAGUUGGCUUGGUUAGACGUGAUGUGUGAGGUGCUCAAUAGGCUCCAGUCGCUCAUGUUGUCGCAACUCGAAGGGAAAGAAGAAGAGAACAUGGCACUCCGAGAGCAAAUCGACUUUCUCAAAGGACUGCUGGAAGAAUGUCAUGAGCAAGAGAAGGCUGGUCAUCUGAUUGUCUUUGAGGGGUUUUAG